AUGGCGGCGACUCGCUUCAUUGAUUUUACCGAUCUCCCUGUGGACAAGAAUGGUCCUCAUGGCAAUGCUUGGGGCUUGUGGGGACUGGAUGAUCAGCUUGGAACACUUAAUUAUCUUACUGAUGAGGUCGUUAAAGUCGCAGCAAAAGAGGAAAUCCGCACUGGGGUGCGUGUCUCUCUAAAGUUUAACAAGUCUGAUAAUGACAGUUGGUCUAUGAUGGGACCAUCCAAGCCUCGGUUCCCAAGGAGGUUUACAGAGGCAAAGCUGAUCAACAAAGCACCAAUGAAAACCGCGCAUGACGAAGAGAUUAGCUCGCAAUGGGAUGGAACCAGACAUUACGGCUAUCAGAACGAGAAGGUUUACUUCAUGGGCCAUACUGCGGAAGAGUUCAACAACUCAAACGUCAACGGUCUACAAAAUAUGGCAAAAAGAGGAAUUGCUGGAAGAGGCGUGUUGAUUGAUUGGUAUAGAUGGAUGGAAGAGCAAGGUGACAUAGAUAUUGACACCUUUUCGGCCUAUG